AUGGUAAGAAAACACAACAAUUCUUUCACUGCCUUACUCAUAUAUGUUGAUGACAUAAUGCUAACAGGAAACGAUGGAUAUGAAAUUCAACAUGUUAAACGUCACCUAGACCAUCUCUUUAAGAUAAAGGAUUUGGGUUCCCUUUGGUUUUUCUUGAGACUUGAGGUUGCUCGUUCUAAAUCAGGUCGCAUUCUCAACCAACAAAAGUAUGCUCUACAAUUAUUGUUCGAUGCGGGUCUCCUUGCUGCUAAGCCUGCCACAACACCAAUGGAUCCUUCUCUUAAACUUCAAAAAGAACAAGGCACUCCUUUCUGUGACGCAACAACUUAUAGAAGGCUUGUUGGUCGAUUGCUUUACCUCACUACCACAAGACCUGACAUAUCAUUUCCGGUUCAAGAACUUCGUGAAUUCAUGGCUAAUCCAACGGAUAUUUACUAUAAAGCUGCCACACGAGUUUUUCGAUAUAUCAAAGACUCACCUAGCAAGGGUUUAUUCUUUCCAGCUGACAACGAUCUUCACCCAUCUGCAUUUUCUGAUUCGGACUGGGCAUGUUGCACAGACACCAGACCCUCCAUAUCUGGUUUUUUGUGUUUUUCUAGGCCUAGCUCUUGUUGCCUGGAAAUCAAAGAAACAAAAUACAGUUUCUCGAAGCUCUUCUUAAGCUGA